AGGUCAUCACCAGAGGAAAAUGGUACUCUAUCUGGCAUGCAGCAGAGAUAAGGAAAUGAUCUCACAAGAGGAGGAGAAGGAGAAGGAGAAGGAGAAGGAGAAGGAGAAGGAGAAGGAGAAGGAGAAGGAGAAGGAGAAGGAGAAGGAGAAGGAGAAGAUAACAAUGAGAACUGGCUGUAUUGGCCUUUUUUUUUAUUUCCAAGAACUACUCUUGGCCCUCAUAAAAAUCAUAAACAUCUUAGAAACUAAACAAGUACUAGUGGUCACAGACCAAUAUUUUGUUUGGAAAUAUGUCCACCUGAACUCAACCCCCACCCUCACCUCCCAGGACACUGAUAAAAGUAAGAUUGGGUAGUAGAGAACAUUCUGGGAGGAUGGGGAUCAGCCACACUU